CAUUUCCUUUCGACGCUUAGCUUCAGCAAAUCUGUGCUUAUAGUGGCAGCAUGUAACUUAGUUACAAGAAUAGAGGAAAAAUGGAUAUCCUUUUCUUCAUGGUGGCUUUUACAUAUGCGCCGCUGGCUUUAUCUGGCGGAUUCCUGAUCCUACAUUCUCGCAAGGAACAGUGCCUGCUGGGCAACAGAGAGAAGGUGUUGGUUGGCACAUGCAACUUGACCAACCCGUGGCAACAGUGGCAGUGGACGGACCAGGACAAGCUGCGCCUCUGGCAGAUCGACCAGUGCCUGGCUGUGGUCAGCUCCACCCGCCGGCACUCUCGCACCCUGGUCCUGCAAGACUGCGCUGGGGCGCCUCGGUGGAGAUGCUACGACAACCAGCCGGGCCGCAUCGGGCUCGCCCAGGCGAAAAUGCUCCUCAAAAAGAUGGGCUACCUGGCGGUGGUGAAAGCCGAGACGAAGUAUCACGAUAGCUGGCUUAGGUACGAGCUCGGGGAGAACGGGGAGCCCGUUAAACUGAACAUGUGCCCAACUCAAGUAGCUUUUCAACCCAAUUCUUUAAAGGAAGAUAUACCGUUAUUUCGGGGAAAUAAAGUCAAGUGGGUCGAUGAUAUUGCACGAGGUGUUACUGAACAAGCAAUUGAGCCGACCACGAACAGUUCAUUGUUCUCAUCUCCAAGUUCAUCCCCAAGAUCAGAAGAUCCCAGUUCUACAAUGACUUGUUUUUACAAUCAAACUGAGAAGCAUGGGAUUGUGGAGGCUGAAAGAUGUAUAGUUAAUGUGACAGGGAUCACACAGUCCGGAGAUUCCGUUCACCUUCGCUGGAAUAGCCCGGGUAGUCACUGUAAUUAUAGCGUGGCUUACAAACUGAACCAGUCGUGGGUGGAAAGCUGCAGCCCAACUCUUUACAGCGGGGAGACCUACGAGUGUGAAUUGAAUGACCUGGAGGCAGGCACGCUUCACCAGCUCCUGGUUUUGUCCCUUACUGACGGUUUAUCGGCAAACGUAGCGGUGCAAACAGACCCGAAACCACCCCAAAGCUUUGAAGUGAUAAAAAGUAGCACAACCUCCACCAGUCUCCACGUGUCUUGGGCACCAGCACCUGGGAAUGUUGAUUUAUAUGAGGUCAGUUUAUUUGGAAUGGACAAUGAAGAAACUCAGAACCUCUGCGUCCCUGGGAGCUCACUCAAAAAAGAAGCCACUUUUCUAACAUUGACACCGGGCAGCAGGUACCGCUUCACUAUAAAGGCACUUGCUGGAAACAGGAGUUGUAAUGGACCCCAAACUUUUGGAUCCACAGCUCCCUCUGGGGCGAGGGAUAUCCAGAUUUCGAGGAAGUCGGAUAGUCUCAGCACAGUCUGGAUUCCUGGCCCAGGGAAAGUGGACGGCUUCAGACUGUCACUAAUUUACGAAGGAAAUGUGGCUCAGCAGAGCACUGUCUCCAACUCGACAAAGAGCCACACUUUCACCGGAUUGACAGCCGGAAGAUUUUACAAUCUCACCGUGAUUAGCGUAGCUGGAGAGCUAGAAAACGUCAGCUCUAAAUCUGUCCAGACAGUUCCAGGAGAGGUUACAUCUGUGAUCGUGUCAAAUAACAGCAGCCUGGAUAGCCUCCUGGUUUCCUGGAAGAGAGCUGAGGGAGAUGUAGAUUCAUAUGAUGUUACACUGUCUUAUCAGGGAUCAGUGAAAGAAACCAAGAGUUUGCAGUCAAGUAUAUCAGAGACUAUCUUUCGAGGGUUAACUCCAGGGCGGUUGUAUAACAUUACAAUCAAAACCAUCAGAGGAGAGCUGCAGGCAGUAGCUGCGAGCAGUGGCAGAACUGUUCCCAAUCACGUCUCAAACUUGGUAAUGGCAAGCAAUGGUUCAACAAGAUCUCUGAGAAUGAGCUGGCUGCCCCCUACUGGAGACUGGGAGAGUUACUGGAUUCAAUUGUUCAACCACUCCUCUGUUGUGCUGAAUGUGUCAGUGGAGAAGCAUAUCAGAGAAUAUGAGAUCAAGGAUGUAGGACUCAUCCCAGGACGACUAUACAAGGCUGCAGUUAUUGUGAAGAGUGGAAAAUUACAAAACAAGGCAUACUGCAAUGGGAGAACUGCGCCUCAGGCAGUCCUUCAUCUACGGAUAAAACAUACAGAUGAAUCUACACUCAGCGUCUCGUGGGCAACCCCAGUGACUGAACUUGAAAGUUACUUUAUAUCAUUAAAGGACACAGAAAGAACAAGAAUGAAUAAAAGUCUAGCAAAGGAUGCCAAAGAGUGCACAUUUUCAAGCCUGGUGCCUGGACGGAAGUUCACAGUUACUGUAACCACCAUCAGCGGUGACUUAAGAAAAUCUGCUUCAGUCGAAGGAAGGACAGUGCCAGCUCAGGUGUCUAACCUCCAUGUGACCAACCAAGGGACAACCAACAGCUUACACACCAGCUGGACCAGAGCCAUUGGAGACAUUGACAGUUACCAAAUCCACCUCAUUCACGAAAACAUUGUAAUAAAGAAUGAAAGUGUUUCGAGUGAAACCAAUCAGUAUCAGUUUCAUUCCCUGAAACCUGGAGGAUCAUACUCAGUGGUCGUUACCACUGUUAGUGGAGGGAUCCCUUCAAGGCAAUCAUUAGAUGAAGAAAGAACAGUUCCUUCAAGUGUGCCCAGUGUGAUGGUGAAUAAUCAUGGCCGCAAUGAUUACCUUCUGAUUUCCUGGCUACCAGCAUCUGGCGAUGUGGAUAGUUAUCUUGUGACUCUGUCCCACAAUGGAAAUGUUGUCCAAUCUCACGCAGUCUCCAAAGCCAACUUCGAAUUCCCCUUCAGCUCCCUCACCGCUGGAAGGCUGUACAAUGUGACUGUAACCACCAGAAGUGGGAAAUAUGAAAACUAUACCCUUAUUCAAGAGCGGACACAACCCUCGGUUGUGCAAAGAAUCACAGUCAUCAACUCCGGAAGGAGUGACUACCUGAAAGUCUCAUGGUUAGAUGCAUCAGGAGAUUUUGACUAUUACAUAGCAACUAUCAAGAACAGUUACAACUUCAGCAAAAGCUUGGAGGUGCCAAAGUCUGAAAACGAAUGCAUAUUCCUCAAUCUAAUUCCUGGACGGCUUUACAGCAUCACUGUCAGCACCAGAAGUGGGAAAUAUGAAUCUCAUUACUUUGCCACUGGAAGAACAUUUCCGGCUGCUGUUGGUUCUCUAACCGUGGCUGACAGGAGCACUGAUACGCUGAACGUUACUUGGGAAGCAGCUGCUGGUGACGUGGAUCGCUAUGAGAUUCAGCUACUCUUCAAUGACAUGAAUGUUUUCCCUCCAAUAACACUCAGCAGCACAGCACAUCAGUUUACUUCCUUAACUCCUGGGCGUCUUUACAAUAUCCUAGUCUCCACGUGGAUUGGAAACCUACAACGUGCUGCCUUUAUUGAAGGACGUACAAUACCCAGUGCAGUUAAAAAUGUACACGUUUCAAACAACGGAGUAACCAAGGGCCUGAAGGUGAACUGGUCUCCUGGAGGAGGAGAUGUGGACAGCUAUACUGUGAUCUUAUCCCACAAGGGCCAUCAGAUCUCAGCUCGGCCUAUUCCAAAACAUCUGCAUGAGCAUACCUUUUAUGAUCUAGAAACGGGAGAGUUGUAUCAUGUAUUAGUUCAGUCAAAUAGUGGCAGCUUCCACAAUAAUUCAACAGCAUUUGGACGCACUGUUCCCGCCUCAGUCACAGGUUUAUCUGUUGAAAACAAACAUACCACCUCUACCUUGGCAGUGUCUUGGCAGCCAGCCACUGGUGUCUCAGACGGUUACAUGCUGCAACUCCUUAAUGAACAAGGAUUUCAAAUGCUCUCAAACGUAUCUGUGCCAGCUGCCAGCAGGGGCCAUAAGUUCAAUGAUCUGACUCCUGGCAAGAAGUACAAGAUUCGUGUCUUCACUAUAAGUGGAGGGUUGUACAGUAUUGGAACAGACCGUGAUGGAAGAACAGUUCCAGCUGCAGUCACAGAUCUGAUGUUACAAGGGAACAGCAUUGAGACUUUAUCGUUCAACUGGACCAAAGCAGAGGGAGAAUGUGACUCUUAUGAAAUAUUCCUCUACAAUUCAGAUAAGACACUUCAUGACAGGAAAUCCGGCAUCCAGAACCUUGAAGAGUGCUCCUUCCAGAACCUGACGCCAGGCAAAAUGUAUAAGCUUGUGAUAGUCACUCAUAGUGGGGAUUUAACUAAUGAAUCCUCUGUUUUUGGAAGGACAGUUCCAGCUCAAGUUACUCGUCUGCAAUGGAUGAACAUUAACCAGACUGACAGCUUGUUAUUUACAUGGACCCCAGCUGUGGGAGAGUUUGAUUCCUACAACAUAUCACUUUAUAACCCAAAUGGCACUGUGCAAAGCAAUAAAUUUGGGAAGAAAGACUUGAGGGAGUGCUAUUUUCAGGACUUGAUCCCUGGUAGGAUUUAUCAUAUGCUGAUAGUAACACAAAGUGGAGAUUUGAGCAAUAAAGCUGCAGCAGAGGGAAGAACAGCACCAAAACCUCCAGGAUCUGUAUCUUUCGCUGACGUUACAAACACUUCAUUGGUCAUCACGUGGCUGGGCCCUCCAGAUUGGACAGAUUAUGAUGACUUUGAGCUGCAGUGGACCCCAAAAGAUGCUAGAGUUGUUGUUUUUAACCCAUACAACACCAUGAAAUCAAAAGGACGAAUCAUACAGAAACUUCAUCCUGGGCGUCACUACUCUUUUAGUGUACGCACUGUCAGUGGGAAAUCACUAAAAUCCUUUAGUGAACCUGUUCAGGCUCCUAUAAGAACAAGGCCUGACAAAAUACAGCAUAUCCGAUGUCGACCCCAGAGCUCCACUGCAGUCUCCUGCUCUUGGACGCACCCUGACUCAGACUAUGAUGGCUACGAUGUUAAAUGCUACCACUAUGACAAAAAGGAAUUGGUGUACUCACGAAGAAUCGAAAAAGAAUUAGUUCAAUACAUCAUCAAGGAACUAGAGCCGGACAAGAAAUAUUUAGUGGCUAUAAAAGUUAUCUCUGAUAAGAUGACCAGUGAUGCUGUUGAGGACAGUGUUAUUACCAUGAUUGAUCGUCCACCUCCUCCACCUUCACAUAUCCGAGUUGAUGACAAAGCAGUUGUUAUUACCAAAUCCACCAUACAUUUCAAUUUUAAUUGUAGUUGGUUCAGUGAUGUCAAUGGAGCCAUAAAGUACUUCACUGUCAUAGUGUAUGAAUCGGAAGGUAUAGAAAAUAUGAAGCCAGAAAAACAGCACCCCUUGCCAUCUUACCUGGAAUACAAAAGGAACAACUCGGUCCGAAACUAUCAAACAAAUUAUUUUUCAAGCAAAUGUGCAGAAAAUCCUGACGGCACGUUGCAAACAUUUAAAAUAAAAAUCGGGGCGCAGAUGGAUAGGCUGGGAGGGAAAUGUGAGAAGGAUCAGGAAGCAUUCUGCGAUGGGCCUUUAAAAUCUAGAACGUCGUACAGAAUCAGUGUUCGUGCCUUCACUCAGCUAUUUGAUGAUAUGAGCAAUCCCCUGUUUUCAGACACCUAUUUCUCCUUGCCUAUAACUACAGAGGCAGAGCCUCUCUUGGGCGUCAUCGAAGGAGCAAGUGCUGGUGUGUUCCUGAUUGUUGUCCUCAUUUCUGUCAUGGCUAUAAUUGUUUGCAGGAGAAAAGUGAAGCCAACGGGUGUUGAAUCUAGACCAGUGUCGAAGCCAAAAGACAGGCCAUCAUCUGUCAAUGUCCCUCUUGUACAGGGAAGGCAACCACCAAAUUCCAGAGAAAUUAAGGCAAGCCAGUUCGAAACUCAGUUUACCAAGCUACAAGCAGAUUCCAGCUAUCUCCUGUCUGAGGAGUAUGAGGAUUUAAAAGACAUUGGAAGAAACCAGUCUUUUGACACAGCACUUUUACCCGAGAAUAGAGGAAAAAAUCGAUACAACAAUAUUCUGCCUUAUGACUCGACAAGGGUGAAAUUAACUUACGUCGAUGAUGACCCUUGUUCAGACUACAUCAACGCCAGUUAUAUACCAGGAUGCAACUUUCGAAGGGAAUACAUUGCCACUCAAGGCCCUCUACCUGGUACCAAAGAUGACUUCUGGAAAAUGGUUUGGGAACAAAAUGUUCAUAAUAUCGUGAUGGUCACACAAUGUGUAGAAAAGGGAAGGGUAAAAUGCGAUCAUUACUGGCCCUUUGAUCAUGAUGCUUUGUAUUAUGGAGAUCUCAUUGUCCAGAUGCUGUCAGAAUCAGUCCUACCCGAGUGGACAAUUAGAGAGUUCAAAAUAUGCAAUGAGGAUCAACUUGACUGUGCUCGAAUUGUUCGUCACUUCCACUACACUGUUUGGCCAGAUCAUGGCGUGCCAGAAACAGCACAAUCUUUAAUCCAGUUUGUGCGAACAGUGAGAGAUUAUAUUAACAGAACACCCAACUCUGGACCCACAGUUAUACAUUGCAGUGCUGGAGUCGGUCGGACAGGCACAUUUAUCGCUUUAGACAGAAUCCUUCAGCAUUUGGAGAACAAAGAUUCUGUGGACAUUUAUGGGACAGUUUAUGACCUGAGGCUUCACAGGGUUCAUAUGGUGCAAACUGAGUGUCAGUAUGCAUAUUUACAUUUGUGCACAAGAGAUGUUUUAAGGAGUAGAAAGCUACGAGGUGAACAAGAAAAUCCAUUGUUUCCUAUAUAUGAGAAUGUCAACCCAGAGUAUCACAGAGAUUUCCUCUUUGGCCGGCACUGAAGAAUGUAGAGAAAUCGUCUUCUGAUGUAAUGAACCUCAUCUGCAGUACUGCUAAACAUGCACUAAAUAAAUACCAGGUCUGGCAUUUCAUUGUGUGUAUAAUUUAUUUGCUUGGUAUUCCUUUUGGAUAUUAUUGUAAUUUAAUUGUGUUAGAGAUUAUUGUAUAUACUUAUAUAUUUCAAAUAAAUAUUUCUUAUAUUAUGUAUAUUUUUUAAACUGAUGGAUUAUGUAUUUUAUAUUACUUAUUAUAAAAUGUAUAUUGUAAGUAAAAACAAUAAUCUGUAUAUAAUUUUGUUUUUAAUAACAUUGUUUGAUUUUUAAAGAAAUGAAUAUUCACAAUUUAAGAUC